AUGUCCACCACGAACGAGGGCGAGGAGAACAGACACAACGCCAUUGAAUUGGGCGUUCCCAUCUCCUCCUCGUCGUUUACCUCGUCGUCGUCUGAUGCGAUGAAGAUGAAGAAUAAGAAAAAUCCAUUCGGGGAGGAAAAGAACCAGUCUUUCCCGGAAAUGUUGAUGCAUUUCCUGACCAAAACCAUCCCGUCUUUAAUGUCUCCUUUCCAAGUAAAACUCCUCUCCGUGGCAAUUUUGGUCGCGUUUUUUGGUUUAUUUUCGUUCGUGAUGGAAUCCGCGAACUCGAACGCGCAAACGUACGCGGUCAUCAUCGACGCAGGGUCGACUGGGAGUCGAGUGCACGUGUUUCGGUUCAAAAGGGCGUCGGGCGCUCGAGUAUUGAAAGACGAGAUUUUUCACGCGAUUAAACCCGGGUUGAAGGCGUACGCGUCGGAUCCUUUGGAAGCGGCGAAUACGUUGGAACCGUUGAUGGAAACGGCGAUGAAGCACGUGCCGGAAAAGUUGAGGUCGAGCACGCCGUUGACGCUUAGAGCGACGGCGGGUCUGCGGUUGUUGCCGGAAGGGCCGGAAGCGGCGAGCGCGCUCUUAGAGGCGUCGAAAGUGAAAGUUGGGGAGUACGGGUUUCGGUUAGAUGACGAGUACGUGUCUAUUUUGGACGGGAUGUACGAAGGCGCGUACGGGUGGAUCGCGGUGAAUUAUUUGUUGAGGAAGUUGAGCGGAAGCGUAAAGGCGACGAAGACGGUGGCGGUGGCGGAUUUAGGGGGCGGGUCCACGCAAAUCAUGUACGCGAUUGGAAAUAGAGAUGAAGUCAACCGAGCGCCGGAAGGGUACGUGUUGCCGUUGGAAGGAUACGACGUGUACACGAAAUCGUUCAAAGGUUUUGGCAUCAUGGCGGCGAGAGCGAAGAUUUUGACGCAAAAUUUAGACGCCGGCGAGGAAGGAUGGCAGUCGCAUCCGUGCGCCGCGAAAGGCUUUCGAGGGGGAUGCACUGAGAAGUGUUACGGAUUAGAACCGGGGGAAGGGUAUAGCGCGAUUGGGCGGGAUAACGGUGGCGAUUUUGAGCAGUGCGUAGACGCGGCGUUGAUGGCCAUGGAGAAGGAUUCCAUGGAGUGCGAGGUCGAACCGUGCUCCUUCGCCGGCGCGUGGACGACGAAACGCACCACGCCUUUAUACGGCAUGAGUUACUUUUACGAAAGAGCGCAAGCCGCCAAAGCCGUGCACUGGCCAAACUCGGAAACGAAAGCGGUGAAAAUCACCCCGAGCGAUUACAAAAACGCGGGGAAGAGAGUCUGCCAAACGCACGUCGAUUCCAUCUUAAAAGAAUACCCGGACGCCGAGGAGGACCAUUUCGAAUACUUGUGCUUAGAUCUCGCGUACAUCUACGCGUUGCUCACCAAAGGCUACGGGUUAAAAGACAAAGAACCGCUCUAUUUGGUGGAUAAAAUCGAUUACAAAGGCCAACCGGUCGAAGCCGCGUGGGCACUCGGCGACGCCAUCGCGGUCAUGAACGCGUUUCUCGUCGAAUAG